CAGCCCAAUGUGUUAGGCGCUUAGGGCAAAAACGCGCGCGCGCGCACACACCAGUCAGAAAGUUAAACUCAGCAUCGUUACCUUGUGUUUCUGCCACGACGCCGGUCCAAAUCAUACGGAGACAGAGACAGAGCAGCGCUGGCAGGGCACCGAUUCGGUAACGGCAUGGUGGCAUGGCUCCACACAGCCAGGCUGAGCCGGUCCGUCCAGAGAGAACUGCUAACGGGAAAUGCACGAGGAGAAUAGUUGGGUGGUGGUCGACGUUCGAUCUGCACCGCGACAGUUGUGCUCGCGCAGCAGGGAUCUUCUAGAUGUGACGCGCCGCUUGUUUUUCUCCUCAAGGCGCACUGUGAGGAUCGGUGUGGUGGGUUUCUCUGCGGACCAGUCUGAAGUUCCAGUUCUUCGAACCUGAUCUCAAAUUUGUUAAACAUGAAUAAACUGGAAAAGCCACUGUCUACACUGUGGGGCUGUGAACUCCGUGAGUCAAAGAAAGAGGAAACAUUCAAAACAGAUGACACAAACCACCAACAUCAACUCGCACUGAAAACUAUGUGUCUGGGUGCAGGUGCCAAAGAAGAGUUCAACAUCGUGGCGUUGAUUACCGGAGAACCAGAUAACGGCAAGGGCAUACCCAUGGCGACCCUGCACGCCAACGGCAUGCCCACGGUCAAUCUGUCCGGGAUAGACCUGCACCCUCCUGUAACCUUCCAGCUGAGGAGUGGCACUGGACCGGUCUACAUCUGUGGGGAACACGUGGCCUUGGAGGAUGACUUCUCAGGAAUGGAUAGUGGUGACGAGGAGAUGGAGGAGGAGGAGGAGGAAGAUAUUGAGUCUCCUGUGAAGCCUGUUAAGAAAGCAACUGCCAAGAAUGCAAAUGUUGCAGGCAAAAGAAAGAAGCCAGAGGAAGCAGAUGAACCUGCAUCAGAUGAUGAGAAAAACCCUCCUAAAAAGGGAAAGGGUAGAGGAAGAGGCAGGGGAAAGUGAUCCAGGGUGCGGCCCAAAGGGCCUGUUGCAGUUCUGUUUGGCCAAGGUUCUGUCAAUCAACUGUUGGGUUUCUAUCUACCUGGUCAUUCUUGCAUGGAUCAAACUAUUUAAUCUAAGGCUGUUUAUCCUGUACAUGUUGUCAGUGCUUUGUAAAUCAUUUGAAAGGCAUAGUUUUGUCCUUGUGGUACUAAUCAGUGUAUAUUAAACUACACUGAACAAAAUAUAAAUGUAACAUGUUAAGUGGUCCUUUGUUUCAUGAGCUGAAAUAAAAAAAUAAAUCCCAGGAAUGUUACAUACGCACAAA